AUGGAGGGGAUACAUCAUGGAGGGCACGGGGGAGCCCGGCCAUCCCAGCCUAUGGCCUUCCCCGACUUCGACGCCGAUUCUCAUAUGAUGUCCGACGACUUCUCCUUUGACACUCCAUUCAGUCCCUCUGGUUCCUCCAACGCCAAUGAUGGUGUCCUCGGCAAUUCCAUCUUUCCGGAAUGGACAAGCGGCGCAUCCCGUGGCGACAACCCUGAUGAGAUGCAAAGGAAAGAUCCGCUGGCCGCUCAGAUUUGGAAACUCUAUACCAGGACAAAGUCUCAGUUGCCCAACCAAGAGCGCAUGGAGAAUCUGACAUGGCGAAUGAUGGCCAUGAAUCUCAAGCGCAAGGAACGGGAGCAGCAGGCUCGUGCCUCGGAAACUCUAAGCUCGACACCGAGCGGCAUCGCGCAGAUGCACUUGUCCGACCAAGUAUCGCCCGCUGGCCCCGAUCUUUCCCACGAUAUGAACCAUGAUGCCACUUCGGAUCCAAUGAAUCUGGAUGACUUUAUUGUUCCCUUUGAUUCGCCCGCCGAACACUCCUCGCAUCCUUCUCUUGAUCGACACUUCACAGCAACACCCACUGGAUCAAUUCCUAUUAAAUCGCGCAAGGACCAUGCGAUGAUGGAUUCGUCGACCGCCGCCUCAUUCCCCCACCAACCCCAGGAUCAGCGAACAAACUCCGAGUUUGGAUACGUUGCCCGUCGGGUCCGCAAAACGAGCGUCGACGAGCGACAGUUCUUCGCCGGUCUCUCUGUUCCUACCCGCAAGCGCCCUGCCGACGCCUCACCCCAGGUUCCCCCGGUGUCUAACGCCAUGAUGGCGCAGCAUUCGGAACUGUCAGCGGUACUGCCAGAUUACUCGCUCGAUCAUCCACCUUCUGCCUUCGCUCUUCCCGGUAAUGGCACGGUGGGCCCGCGCAGGCCUCAACACCAUCACACGCACUCUAACAUUCCCUACGGGUUGGAUACGUAUGGCAUCAGCGAAGAUCACGGGCUCAAUUCGGCCGGGCCUUAUCAGCAAAAUUUCCAUUUUUCGCCGUCAGAUUCUCCAAUGACUGCAGGAAAUCCUUUCUCGAGUCUAUAUGCCCAGACGCCGCUCGCCUCGUCGCUUAACUCAACCGAGUUCUUCUCACCCCCGCCUUCUGGCUAUCAGUCCACUGUGUCGACCCCGCAACCGAUUUAUGAAGGGGAGCAGUCGAUAUUCUUUUCUGAUGCGCCCUCCGCUGAAUCCUCCCAGCGCCGCAUUCCUAAUUAUAUCCAGCAGCGUCAGUCGAACCUGUCUGCAUCCCUGCAGCCACGUUAUAUGUACAACAUGUCCAACGGCGAAUCUCACCCAGGGAGCGCAGUUACAGGGCCACCAACCACUCAUGUAUCUGGAUUUUCGGUGCCACAACCGCAGCAUAUCAACCCGUCACAGGUGCUUGGCCAUGGCGAGUUCUCCACGACCGCGCCUGCCAGCAGCAUGUUUACCUUUGGUGGAGAUUCAGACAAUGAGGAUGACGAUGGCAACUUUGGCGAACGCGGAGGCAUUACCAUGCCAAAUGACUUUGCCUCUUUGGAUGAGUCUGGUGAUAUGAGCGCCGGUCUUCAUUGGGAUGGAGGUUUCCCUGGAUCAAUACAGUCGCUACCAGGCUUCGGUGCUCACCACCGCAAGCAUGUUACGAUAGGAUCCACAGACAUGAUAGAUGGCCCACCUGAAUGGAACCAGGGAGGCACGCUUGGUCGUGCGCACGGAUCCGCUGCUUCGGUGAGCGAGGUUCGCAACCAGAACCAGGAUCCUCGUCGCUACGGGAAGGUUCCUCGCACAGCAUCGACCCCCAAUGCUGCUGCACUGCUCCGUCAGAGCUUGAAUGGCUCAGCCAGCGGGCCUCCGACAAACCACCCCUCGCCAAGCACCCCUCCAGAGUCCGGUCUCAGCAGUGCGGUGCCGUCCCGACCAGGCAGCCCUGGUGGGUCGAAAAACGGUGACCCGAACGCGGGACCGACAACCUGCACCAACUGUUUCACCCAGACCACCCCUCUCUGGAGACGCAAUCCAGAAGGCCAGCCUCUGUGCAAUGCAUGUGGCCUGUUCCUGAAACUCCACGGUGUUGUCCGGCCACUUUCGCUCAAGACUGAUGUUAUCAAGAAGCGAAACCGUAGCAGCGCCAACACACUUGCUGUUGGCACUUCUCGGUCAUCUAAGAAAUCUUCCCGCAAAAACUCCAUUCAGCAUGCCCCAUCCACAUCGAUUUCGUCCCGCAUGAACACUUCUGAAUCGCCACCCUCGAUCAAUGGAUCCAGCACCUUGGGGAAACCCGGUGUUGUGCCAAUUGCCGCUGCCCCGCCCAAGUCCGGUCCCCCGGCUGGCGUCGCUCAGGCUCGUGCUGGUGUGCAAGUGGCACCCAGACGGCAGCGCAGACUCGAAAAAGCACCAACUGGAUCCGAACCAGACGCAGACGACAGCCCGAAGUCAGCAGCUCCCGCAAGCCGGUCCAAGGUCGUACCAUUAGCUCCAGCGAUGGCACCACCCGCUGCCGCAAACCCAGCGAACCACAGUAUCGCCGGUGGGCAGGGUGCGAGCCAGGAAUGGGAGUGGCUGACGAUGAGUCUGUAG